UGCUUACGUCCACCUCACUUUCCUUUCUCUCUUGCACACAACUUUUUUAAGUGAUCUCGUUAACUCUCUGAAUCAGUCUUCAACCAAACACAACCCUUGGAUCUUCUGUGCACAUAGAAUUCAAUUCUUGAAGCUUCUAACAGAUGGCAUCCAAGUCCUCUUCUGGUUCAAUUCCACCACCACCAAGAGCAUGCACCUAUCACGUGUUCUUGAGUUUCAGGGGUGAAGAUGCUCGCGGACGAUUCACUAGCCAUCUCUAUGACGCCCUCAACAGAAAGGGAAUCACAACCUACAGAGAUGAUAACAAUCUUCGCAAGGGUAAUGUUAUUUCAGAUGAACUCCUCAAAGCAAUUGAAGAGUCUAUGUUUGCAAUCAUAGUUCUGUCACCAAACUACGCUUCAUCCACAUGGUGCUUGGAUGAGCUCUGCAAGAUCCUUGAUUGCAAGAACAAGCUGGGGCUACAAAUGGUGACAGUGUUCUACGGUGUGGAACCUUCUGUUGUGAGGCACCAAAUAGGAACCUUUCAGAAAGCUUUCAAGAAGCACAAAAAGAGACACGACCGUGAGAAGGUUCAAAGAUGGAGGGAAGCGUUAAAACAAGUUGCUGAUUAUUCUGGAUGGACCUCAGAAAAUCAAGAUGAGGCAGUACUUGUGGAAAAAAUUGCUCAACAUAUCCAUGAAAUAUUGAUUCCGAAGUUGCCCCCUUCAAUGAAGAAUCUUGUAGGAAUUGAUUCAAGAGUCGAAGGAGUGAUUAAUCUCAUAGGUCUUGGGUUGAAUGAUGUUCGCUAUAUGGUUAUAUGGGGAAUGGGAGGCAUAGGUAAAACGACUAUUGCUAGAGCUGUCUUUGAAACCAUUCGAAGUAGAUUUGAAGUUAGUUGCUUUCUUGCCGAUGUAAGGGAGCAUUGUGAGAAAAAAGAUACUGUCCACAUUCAAAAGCAGCUGCUUGAUCAAAUGAAUAUAAGUUCAUAUGCUGUUUAUAACAAGUAUGACGGGAGGAGAAUAAUUCAAAACUCUUUAUGUCUCAAAAAGGUACUUCUUGUUCUUGAUGAUGUAAAUCAUGAAAAACAAUUAGAAGAUUUGGCUGGGGAAAAAGAUUGGUUUGGUCCUGGAAGCAGAAUAAUAAUUACAACUAGAGACGUAGAGGUGCUAAAGGGACCAGAGGUGCAUGAAAUUUAUAAGGUUGAAGGGUUAGUGGAAAGUGAAGCCCUUAACCUCUUUUGUCUGAAAGCCUUUAAACAGCAGGAGCCUACAGAAGGGUUUUUGGAUUUGUCUAAAGAAGUGGUCAAGUACAGUGGUGGUCUUCCAUUGGCACUUAAAGUAUUGGGUUCCUAUCUUAAUGGUAGACCUACUAUUGCGGUUUGGUAUAGUGCUAUUGAAAGAAUAAAGAAGACUUCACAUUCUGAAAUUAUUGAUGUAUUGAAAAUAAGCUAUGAGGGUUUAGAAGAUACAGAAAAGGAUAUUUUUCUAGAUAUUGCUUGUUUCUUUAAAGGAAGGCAGAAACAUCAUGUAACAGAGAUGUUAAAAAGAUGUGGUUAUCAGGCUGAAAUCGGUCUUGAUAUUUUGAUUAAUAGAUCAUUGGUCACAUUAGAGGAGGUUAAGAUACUCGGGAUGGUUACUCUGGGGAUGCAUGAUCUGCUUGAAGAAAUGGGCAAACAAAUUGUAAUUCAAGAAUCUCCAAAUGAUGCUAGUAAGCGUAGCAGAUUGUGGUGUUAUGAGGAUGUUGAUUUUGUACUUACUCAAAAGAAGGAAAGUGAAGCAACUCAUAGCAUCGUAAGUAAGGUGUAUUAUUGCGAGACAGAAGAGGAAUGGAGAGAGUAUCGGGAGAUUAAAGAGAAUUGGAGAGAUUUAUCUUUCUCAAAUAUAUGCCAGCUAAAACUUCUCAUUUUAGAUGGCGUGAAUGCUCCCAUUCUCUGUGAUAUUCCUUGUACAUUAAAGGUUUUGCACUGGGAAGGUUGUCCAAUGGAAACUCUACCCUUUACAGAUCAAUGCUAUGAACUUGUUGAAAUUGAUUUAUCUCAUGGCAAAAUUGUAGAGUUAUGGGAUGGAAAGAAGGUUCUGAAAAAGUUAGAACACUUGAAUCUGUACUUCUGUGAGAAGCUGAAGCAAACGCCAGAUCUUUCUGGGGCUCCCAAUCUUAAAACACUUAAUCUUCAUGGAUGUAAGGAGCUGAAUUAUAUUAAUCCAUCUCUUGCACACCACAAGAGGCUUGUUGAAUUGAAUUUAGGUAGAUGUAGGAGUCUUGAAACACUUGGAGAUAAAUUGGAGAUAAGUUCACUCGAGAAACUAAAUCUAUAUGAGUGCCGUAGUUUGAGAAGACUGCCAGAAUUUGGGGAAUGCAUGAAACAGUUAUCGAUUCUUGAUCUGGAAAAAACAGGUAUAGAAGAGCUACCCCCAACGCUUGGAAAGUUGGCUGGCGUGUCUGAGUUGGACUUAACUGGGUGCCACAAGCUUACUAGUCUUCCCUUCCCACUUGGAUGUUUCGUUGGCCUAAAGAAGUUGAAGUUGAGUAGAUUCGUGGAGCUUAGUUGUGUUCCAUACACCACUCAUGGGUUAGAGUCCCUCGAGGCUUGGGAUUUUUCUAACAGCCCAAUUUUUGUUGGACUUUUGUGUUCUCUCUCUCGCCUGACCUCUUUGAGUAGCCUAAAAUUACAUGGAGAGUAUAGCAGAUCUAGAGAAGUGUCGACCCUUUACUAUGAUCUUGGCCACUUAACGUCGUUGACGGAUUUGGAUUUAGGGUACAGUGAUUUUUUAAGAGUUCCAAUAUGUAUCCAUGCACUUCCCAGACUUACACGUCUGGAUCUAUGUUAUUGCUAUAAUUUGGAGGUUUUGCCAGAGCUUCCAUCAAGUCUAAGAGAAUUACAGGUAAAGGGCUUUGAACCACUGGUUGCAUCCAAUGUAAAUGCUGCUAUAUCAAAAGCGUGUUGUGGCUUUGCAGAAUCAGCUAGCCAAGAUCGUGAAGACCUCUUGCAAAUGUGGAUCAGUGGGAAGGAAAUGCCAGCAUGGUUUAAGGAUCAGAAAAAAGAUAACGGAAUAUCAGUCUCAUUCCCCCAUAAUUGCCCUUCAACUGAAACCAUCGCACUUGCUCUCUGUUUCCUAUUACAAGGUGUCAUCAUGGACUUGCCGGAACAGCCAUCGGUUAUCUGCAAUGGUAAAGAAUUCAUCAACAAGAGUGUAUUUCAUGUGGUUUUGCCUCUCAAAUCUAAGUAUUUGUGCAUUGUCUGCGUGAAUGGUUACUAUUUUAGUAACAUGUUAUGCCAAGACAAUCGCUUCCAACUGCAAUUUCCCAGUGAUUAUCGUGGAAUCCGAGUACAAAGAUCUGGAGCACGUUGGGUGUGCAAGCAAGACAUUCAACAUUUCAAGCAGUUUGGCAUCUCGUAGAAGCUCUGACCCACCUGAACUCUUACCUUUCUUCCCUUUGCAUUCCCACAGCACUUGGUUCUCAUAGCUCAUGACACAGCUUUCUCAAUAUAUUACUUGUAUGAUUGCAAAAUUUAGAUCUCUUCAGCUAAAUGGUUCCCCAGAUUCGAAGCUUUUGACAGAGCUCAUUGCAUCCAUCCAACUGCCAUGUGAACCCCAGAAAGGAAUGUAAAUCUUGGGCACAAUUAGAACAAGCAAAGGGAAUAUAUAUAUAUUUGGGGAUGAUAUUGGUUGUUCUUUAGGGGGUGUCACAAAUGCAGACAGGUUCUUGUGCUUAUGACAUUCGGGCAUUUGUUUUUGAUGGAGAAUUAUAUCUACUGAAGCUCUCCUUUCACUUUUCAUGUUGCUUCAGUUAGCCCUCAAAAAUCAGCAUAGAGUGAGAUUGGCAAGCAUAAUGUGACAGAUUCAGAUUCAUUACAGAGUGAAGGAGAAAAUCUGCAGACCAUGUAGGAAAAAAAUUACCCCUGUUCAGUGCGGAUACAGAUUCACCCAGCAUUGCUGAAUAUCAAGAUUUGUUGGAAUAGAAAGUAGUACUUUCAUCUGUUGUAAAUGUCAACGAUGAAUGAAAGAAAGUGUGACACAUUACUUUCCAAUGCUUGAUAGGACUUCACCCUGGUCCACAUGAAUACACUUGUGCUAUGAGGACUUUUCCUCUGUAUUUGAUUAUGCACAUUGCACACAACAGAAACUCGUUUAGGUGGUGAUGGCAGGUGCAUAUGUAUGUUAAAUUCACAUUUUGUUUAACAGCUCAAACAGUUCCAUCUAUACACAUUCAUUGUGCUGGAAGCAACAAAGUGAGAUCUGUUCCUGUUUU